AUGACGCUGCCGGAGAAGGGCGGAGGCGACGACAAGGGCGGAGGCGUCGACACGUCGAAAACGACGACGUCGUCAUCCUCCGACGUCGCGCCCAUCGACCUCGGCGAGGACGAGGAGGCGUGGCGCGCGGCCGCCGCGAAGGGCAUCGCGGGUGGGGGCAAGAUCAUCCCGCAGAAGUACUUGGUCGGCGACGAGGAAGACGCCCUCGCGGCGCUCAUCGCGACCGGGACCGUGGACGUCCGCGCGAGAGCGGAGCACUCGGGGAAGGCGCCGAUACAUCUCGCCGCCUGGCGAGGCUCCCUCGCGACCGCGCGGGUGCUCUUGAGCGAAGGCGGGGACGCGCUCGUGAACGACAUCAGCAUCGGAAAAUACAACUACGGCAAGACCGCCAUCUUCUACGCGAUAACGCGGUGCCGCGACGACGUGGCCGCGUUCCUCCUCGAGCGCGGCGCGCGGUGUAAGAUCAUAAACAACAAAGGGCAGUCCCCGUACUCGCUCGCGUUGUCGCACUGCACGCAGGAGACGUGCGACUUGAUCGCCGCCGCGGAGAAGCGCGAAGACGCCGCCGGGGAGCCGUGGGUGAACUACCGCGAGACGCACUCGGACGGGCUGUCGUACGGUGAUUUAGACGUCAGGUUUUACGCGGAAGAGGCGGCGGAGCCCGGCCGGGGGUUGAGCACUCGGGCGUCGCGCCGCGGGAAAUUCCAGAAGCUGAACAAGUCGCGAGGGGAGUUCGCGAACCUGUCGCGCGGGGGCAAGUACGAGGACCCGUUUCCGUCGACCGCGGUCCCGCGCGCGCCGGCGGCGCCGACCCCGGAAGAGGCGCGAGCGCGGAAGCAGGCGCGAGAGGCGGGGUUGUGGUCGACGUUCGAACGCGCCGUCGCAGGCGUCGUCGACGCGUGCGCCGUCGCGGGCGUCGUCGACGCGUGCGCCGUCUCCCCGAGCGACGACGCGAAGCAUUCGAGAGAGAUGUUCGAGAUCGUCGAGGCGCUCAUCGAGGGCGGCGUGAGCGGCGGCGCGAACGCGGUGACGGGGCGAGCGAUCAACGUCCUGCGCGUCGCGUUGAGAGAAGCGAGGGACGAGAGCGCCGCGGCGGCGACGUUGUGCGCGGUCGCCGCGACGCCCGCGCUCGUUCCGCGCGGACGCACCGAGCCCAAACGCCUCGCGCGGCGGCGACGAGCCGCGGGGAAUGCGCUCGCGUGCGCGGCCGCCGCGGUCGCGAGCGAGAUGACGCUGACGAACGUGUCGUGCCGCGACGUCUUCGAGGCGUGCGGCGGCGCCGCUUCUUUCCAGAUUUUAUCCACCGCGGUCGGCGUCCGCGGGCCGUACCCAUCGCGCGACGCCAUCGCGGACGCGGCGAAGCGCGCGUGCGCGGGGUGCGACGCGCGCGAGCUCGGAGAUCUCGUCGAGGCGACGCGCGUCGCGGCGGCGAAUGCGGCGGAGGACGACGACGACGUCGACGCGUUCGCCGCCGCCGCCGCCGCCGCGUGGGACGCGCUCGCGGCGGACGAGGACGGCGUCGCGCACCUCGCGUCCGGGCUCGUGGCGUCCGGGCUCGCCGCGUCUUCGCCGCGCGGUGGCGGCGCCGAGAGUGUCGAGCGCGCGCGGUCGCCCGCGGCGCUGGCCGCGGAGGCCUCCGCGGCGUUGACGCCGCUUGGCGCGCUCGUGCCGUCGUGGCGCGCGCCCGUCCUCGCGUCGUUCGAACGCGCCGCGGCCGAGGCGCUGUCGCGGUCGGAAGAUGAAACGUCAACCGACGCCGAGGCCGACGCCGACGCCGCGACGAGCGUGUUCAUCACGCGCGCGGUGCACAGACUCGCCGGCGCGUGGGUGAUGGACAUCACGUGCGCGUCCGUGCCGUCCGCCACGUUCCUGACGGAGCGUGAAAUUUUCCACGCGUUGCUGCGCGAGGAAGCCUUCGUCGCCGCGGCGGAGUACGCGUCCACGAACCCCUCGCUCGUCGGUUCCUCGGACCCGCGCGACCUCCCGUCGAUCGACGAGACCGACGCGAUCGACGACGCCGGCGCUCCCGGGCUCUUGCGACCGACGCGGCCCGCGGUCUUCGUCGCGGACGUCGAGGGACUGGCGCGGUGCCGCGAGGAAAUCUUCGGCUGCGCGUUGCGAGCGGAGACGCCUCGCGACGCGGAGGACGUCCCCGUCGUCGCGAUCGACGUGGAGUGGCGCGACCCGCGGCCGGUGUCGACGGUGCAGCUCGCGCCUUUGCGCGCGGACGCGACGUACGUCGUGGACAUGGUCCCGAAGGAGGGCGACGAAGAGAACGACGCGUUCGUGGUCGCCGCGGCGGCGUUGUUGCGCGACGUGUUGCGAGACGCGCGCGUGAAGAAACUCGGCUUCGGCUGGAGCAACGACUGGCACCGCCUCCGAGCCGGUCUCUCGCGGUUCGAGAGCGCGUCCGGCGGCGGCGAUUCCGGCGGCGAUUCUUUGCCCGCGUCGCACGAGCGUUGCGGGUGCGUGGACCUCCAGACGCACCCGGAUCUCGGCCUGAGAGAGCUCGUGCGCGACUCGGCGCGGCUGCGCGCGGGCGGGGGCGGGGAGGCGACGACGCUGGAUAAGCGCGAGCAGCGGUCGAACUGGGACCGACGGCCGCUGAGGGGGAGUCAGAUAGCUUACGCGGCGUUAGACGCGGAGGUGUUGCUGCGGUUGGACGGGUGGCUGUGA